AUGUCUGCCGAGGAAGUUGAUCGCAAAUACAACGUCCGUCCAUUUGAGGAUGUUCACGAAUCUAAAUUUAAGGAUUCGCUUCCAAUCGUCAAAUUAGAUGCUAUUGAUCUUUCAAAAUACAUAGAGGGACCAGAGGGGUAUCAAUCGCGGGUCGAAUUGGCCAAGAUUCUGGAGAAGUCAGUGACUUCGUAUGGUUUCUUUAACGUCGUGAAUUUUGGCUAUGAUCCCGAAAAGCUCGAGAGAUUAAGAGGAAUUGCGCAGGGAAUUUUGGAGCUUCCAUUGGAGGAGAAAGGAAAAUACCUGGCUUCUGUUUGGAGGAAGGAAGACGAGCCUCCAGUGACAAAAGAGUAUCUUGGUGGUGAAAGAGGACAUGGAUUCAAGCCCAAAGGAUACUGGCCAAUCAAAGACGGUGUGAGGGAUUCGAUCACUCAUUACAACUUCAGGCAUUUGCUUGAACCAGAUGUUUUUCUGAGGGACAUCGAACAGCAUCCCGAUCUAGUGAAAGUUCAUGCCCAGGAGAUCAUAGAGUGGUACCACCAUAUCCAUAAUGACAUUCUCCACAAAAUCAGUAAUUUGUGUGACAUCAUUCUGGGGUUGGAAGAAAACACCAUUUGGAAACGUGCUUUUGAAGUCGAACCAGAGAAUCCAGGCAAAUCGGCUGGUGCAUAUGCCAGGUUCAUGAUGUAUGAACCAUACACCGCUGAGGAGUCAGCCAAAGCUGGAAAAUCAUGGUUGAGGGGCCAUUCUGAUAUAAGUGGGUUUACUUUCAUCACUUCACAACCAAUGCUGGCACUUCAAAUAAGAGAUUACUACGACGGAGAAUGGAAGUAUGUAGACCACAGACCUGGCUCUCUAGUGGUGAACAUUGGUGAUUCCAUGGAGUUCAUUUCCGGUGGUUACUUCAAGGCUUGCAUGCAUCGGGUUGUUGAGCCUCCUCAAGAUCAAAAAGAUCAUAAUCGGUUGAUUCUGAUUUAUUUUUGCAACCCCAAAGAGGAUACUCCUUUGAAUCCAGACGAGUACCGUUCGUCCAAACUUAAGCAGCUGGGAUUGUCCAAAUCCGAAAAGCUCAAGGACUGGGAUGAUAUCACUUUCCAGCAAUGGAACUUUGCGAAAGGAGCGACUCUGGGAAAGAAAAAUGCCGAGGAAGAGGACGAAAUUAUUGUUUAUGGAAGAAAUAUCGAGAGAUGGCACCAUUUCAAGACUGCUGUGGCAUGA